AUGAAACUCCUCUUAUUGUUAGCUUUGACUCUUUAACUCCCGGAGUAACAGAUGCCGUCGCGUUCGUAGAGCCUCAAACACCUUCUCCGGCCGAGAGCCGCCGCUGUACGCGCACUCGGUAUCGCGUACGUCGCUGAAAGCGCGAGGACCUCGUCGACCUCGACGAUUCGCGGAUAAUGGGAUGCACAGCGGACUCGCCGUCCCGAGAGGUACCGCGAACAGUUGGUCUCGCCCGUUGCGCUCCGUUUUUUGUUUGGAGACCGAGAGCGCGACCCCGGGGCCCGGCGCGUGUAUUCUUCUCGCGCGAAAUCCGUACUGAGAGAGCGUCGCCGCGACCUCCGUCCCCCGCUUUCGUCUCGGGAGAGCGACGGCAAGAUUGCCACCGGCCAGUCGGCACACCUGUUGCAAUCGAGUCCUCGCCGCUCGCGAUACUGGCGAGGCAGAUAGCAGAUACAGAACCGAGUGUAAGGAGUAGGCCUGAGAGAGAGAAAACUAUCGCCCAAGUUUUCUGGACGACUACUUAGAGUUUAGUUGUAAUGGC